AUGGACGAGAAGAAAACCUAUCUCACCUCCAAAGAGGCCAAAUAUGCCCUGGGUAUCCAUCGUGGUCCUCUGCCCACUGAAGGCCUGGAGAUUGAACAUGUUGAGACGGCCCAUUCCAUCUCCUUGGAGCCGGUGAAGCGUACGCGAUCGCAGACUCUGCGUCGCCAUUGGGCUCGGUUCUGGUGCUGCUAUGCAUUUUGGGGCAUUAUCUUCCUGGCGAUUUUUCUGCCCAUUUUCUUUUGCUUGAUUAUUCCCGCCAUUGCCCAGCGAGUCCUGGACAAUGGUACUCUUGUCCUCGUUCACGCCGACGUGCUCCAACCACGCCCCAACUCCAUCCAGCUCAGCAUCAAUUCUGCCCUGGACUUGCCCAUCAGCUUCCCUGUGCGCAUGAACAACUUAACGCUCUCUCUCUUCAAUCGCUUUCUCCCGGAGAACAACACCUGGGCAAAGCUGUACAUGGACGGCGCUACAAUCAGUGGGAACACAACCCUCACCGUGGAUGACCAAUUCACUCCCUUGGAUGUCUACCAAUGGACGCAAUAUGUUCGCAGUGUGGUCUUCGAGCCUCAUGCUCCAUUGUCCGUCAAGGCUCCCGUCACUGCUUACAUCGGGAAGCUGAAGUCCAAGAUUACUUUGAACAAGGACAUUAAGCAAAACACCUUGAACUCCUUUGCCGGCUUUUCCAUAUCCGAUCCAAAGCUUCUUCUCCCUGCUGAAUCCGACGGUACCAAUCUGAUCGCCAACGCCACACUUCCCAACCCUUCCGUGAUGACCCUUGAAAUCGGCAACACCACAUUGAAUCUCCUCAGCGGCAACCUCACCCUCGGAAAUUGCACUCUCAACAACCUCGUACUUAGACCAGGCAACCACUCCACACCUGUACGAGGGAUAUUGGAUCUCGGCAAACUCAUCGAAAACAUCGGCCCUAUACUAAGUGAACAAAGCGACUCCAUCAAAGAAGGCUACUUGAGUCUGACGACCGUCGGUGCGAACGUCGAGUACGAUGGCGUUCAGGUCCCGUACUACACGGAGGUCAUGAAGAAUCUGACCAUGACGGCUAAAGUGCCGCUAGGGUCGCUGAUCAGCAACACCCUAAGCGGCAUCUUGCAUCCCAAUGGGACCAAUGUCUUUGCGGGGCUAAACAUGACUACUGAUAGCGGGGAGACGUUUACAGUUGGUGAGGAUAAAGCGGAUAGUGGCAGUGAUGGGGCAUCGUUGGGGCGAAGGGCAUUGGAGAUGCUGGGGCAAGAGGAGAAGAGGAAUGAAGCGGUCGGUGUCUUGAAGGCUUUGAUGAAAAGGGGAGCUUACGAGAUAUGA